CUUUCUCUCGCUCUGAUCCACGAUCCACGAUCCACGCCCGGGCCCAGGGACUUUGCUGCUGCUUAGCGAAGGUGCUGGCGCCAUGUCUGCGGCGUUUGCCGGAUAAAUGGGUUCCUUCCUCGUAGAAGUUUAUGGAUCUGGAGAUACCGCGGGUCGCACUUCUAGCCGCUUUCUCCGCCGUCAGACAGGGUUUAUUUUGGAAGCGCAGGCGGGGGGAAUGGAUCUGUCUGACACUGCCGAGCUCCAGCGAUCUAACGCAAUGAUUUGGAAGUGGAACCCGGAUGGAAAAUACUGUUACGAGUUCAUCUCAGGAUUGAAGGCGCUUCAGACCUUUGUCAGACAAAAUACUGUUCCGAGUUCAUCUCGGAUUAAAAACGUUUCAGACCCCUGUCAGACAAUGACCCGUGAACACUGCGAUCCGCCUCAUGUUCAGUGUUGGUAGAUCAGGUGUUUAGUUGAGACCGAGGCCUUAAAGAAGGUGCUGGGUCUCCCCUCCAGUCAAUUAAAAUGUCAAUAGUGGGAGGGAGGGAGAACAAAAUCCUCAUAUCAGCAGGAAGAGGUACAGUCGACGUUUCAGGCCGAGACCCUUCGUCAGGACUAACUGAAGGAAGAGGUAGAAAAGGCAAAGAAUUUGUGUACGGCAAUCUCAAACACAACAACCCAUCUGUUCGGCUGUGUUUGUCAGUUCAGCAGCACUUGAAUAGCAUCAGUGUUUCAUGUGGAGAAGACAGAACACCACAGCAGUCACAGUGAGGAGAGCAGUCACUGUAAGGAUGGGAUUUGAAUCUUUGAAAAUUGUCUUCAAGAUAUUGAAGGAGUGACCAGAUAUUCCCUUUGUAGCACCGAUAUAUCAGUUGUCGAUCCUUGGAGAUGAAAAUGUAUCUCAUCCCAGCUGGACCUGUGUUUUGUGUCUGAAAGGAAACAUUCUGUUUUAACUCAGUGAAAUUCACUGGAACUGGGGUACUGAGAACACACCAGCGUUUGUUCACCAGAGAUCAGUUCUUCAACUGCAAUGAUUUUACACGGGGUUCACUAUGACUAACAUCUGACUUGGUGAAGUGUCAGACAAUUGAUAGCAGGGAGAUAUCAUUCACCUGCUCUCAGUGUGGGACAGAAUUCUCUCACUCAGCCCAAGCAGGAGAUACAUCAGUGAGUUCACACUGGGGAGAGGCCGUUCAGUUGCUCUGUGUGGGAGGGGAUAUACUCAGCCUUCCAGCCUGAAGAUACUUGAGCAAGUUAACACCACAGUGAGACAGCUCACCUGUUCUGACUGCAGGAAGUGAUUGAUUUUGUCAUCCAAACCGAAGACGCAUCAUAAAAUUCACACAGCGAGAGGCUGUCCACUUGCUCUGUGUGUGGAUACGGAUUCACUAAUCAAUGCCUCAUGAUGAGACACCAGCCAGUUCACUUUGUGGAGAGGCCGUUCACCUGCUUGGUCUGCGGGAAGGCAUUCGCUCAGUCAUCCCAGCUGCAGGCCCACCAGCGGGUUCACAGUGGCGAGAGGCCGUUUAUCUGCUCUUUCUGUGGGAAGGGAUUCACAAACUCAUCAGAUCUGCUGAUACACCAACGAAUUCACACCGGAGAGAGGCCGUACGCCUGCUCUGAAUGUGGGAAGACGUUCACUCAGUCGUCUCACCUGCAGGUACACAAGCGAAUUCACAGUGGGGAGAGACCGUUCAUCUGCUCCACCUGUGGGAAGGGCUUCACAAACUCAUCCCACGUGAUGAGACACCAGCGAGUUCACUCCGGGGAGAGAUCGGUUCUCUGCUCUGUUUGUGGGAAGGGAUUCGCACGCUCACGUGAUCUGCUGACACACCAGCAACUUCACACUGGUGAGAGGCUGUUUAUCUGCUCUGAAUGUGGGAAGGGAUUCACUCACUCAUCCCAUGUGAUUAUACACCAGCGAGUUCACACUGGGGAGAGACCGUUCAUAUGUUCUGAAUGUGGGAAGGAAUUUACUAAAUCGUCCCACUUGAUGAGACACCAGCGUGUUCACACUGGGGAGAGGCCCUACACCUGCUCAGACUGUGGGAAGGGAUUCAGUAACUCAUCCCAUCUGAUCAGACAUCAACGAGUUCACACUGGGGAGAGGCCGUUCACCUGCUCAGACUGUGGGAAGGCGUUCAGUCACUCAUCUCACCUGCAGACACACCAGCGAGUUCACACUGGGGAGAGACCGUUUAUCUGCUCUGAAUGUGGGAAGGGAUUCACUCACUCAUCGCACGUGAUGAGACACCAGCGAAUUCACACCGGGGAGAGACCAUUCACCUGCUCUGAGUGCGGGAAAGGAUUCACGCAUUCAUCCCAUGUGAGGAGACACCAGCGAGUUCACACCGGGGAGAGGCCGUUCACCUGCUCGGUCUGCGGGAAGGGAUUCACUCAGUCAUCCCACCUACAGACACACCAGCGAGUUCACACUGGGAAAAGUGAGAGAAACGGCAAAAGGCUUGGUGUACGGGAAUCUCAAGCACAGCAGCAGGUCGAUGACGUUGAAUAUUUGAUUGUGGAGGAGGAGAUGUUUGAGAAGACAGCACAACAGUCACAGCAAGGAGAAUCCGAACACGUGUUCAGUGUCGGGGGAGAUAGCAUUCACCUGCUCUGUGUGGGAGGGGAUUUACUCAGUUAUCCGGCCCAAAGGCACAUCAGCCAGUUCACACCACAGUUAGACCGUUCACCUGCGGUUCUGACUGUGGGAUGUGAUUCAUUCUGCCGUCCAAGCUUAAGCUUAGUCAGAAAGUACGCACCGCUGGGAGGCCGUUCACCUUGCUCCGUGUGUGCGAGGAGAUUCACUCAGUCAUCCCUCGUGAUGAGACACCAGCGGGUUCACUCUGGGGAGAGACGAUUCACCUGCUCAGACUGCGGGAAGGCAUUCUCUCAGUCAUUUCAGCUGCGGACCCACCAGCGAGUUCACACCGGGGAGAGGCCGUUCUCCUGCUCCGAAUGUGGGAAGGCGUUCACUCAGUUGUCCCAGCUGCAGACCCACCAGCGAUUUCAUAGAGGGGAGCGAAAAUUUAUCUGCUCCGUCUGUGCGAAGGGAUUCAUUCGGUCGGCCGACCUGCUGCGACACCAGCGGGUUCACUCUGGGGAGAGGCCGUUCACCUGCUCAGACUGCGGGAAGGGAUUCACCCAGUCGUGUCAUCUGCAGACACACCAGCGAAUUCACAGAGGGGAGAGACCGUUUGUGUGCUCGGUAUGUGGGAAGAGAUACCCUCAAUCAUCUCAUCUGCUGGUACACCAGCGAGUUCACACCGGCGAGAGGCCAUACUCCUGCUCCGAAUGCGGGAAGACAUUUACUCAGGCUUCCCACCUACAGACGCACGAGCGCGUUCACACCAGGGAGAGACCGUUCUCCUGUUCCGUGUGCGGGAAGAGUUUUAGUAGCUCCUCCAGCCUGAUGACACACCAGCGGGUUCACUCCGGGGAGAAGCCGUUCACCUGCUCCGAGUGUGGGAGCAGAUUUACUCGCUUAUCUGAGCUGCAGGCCCACCAGCGAGUUCACAGCGGGGACAGACCGUUCAUCUGCUCUGUCUGUGGGAAGGGCUUCAUUCAAUCGUCUGAGCUCCUGCGACACCAGCGUGUUCACACCGGGGAGAGGCCGUUCACCUGCUUGGAAUGUGGGAAGGGAUUCACACGGUCGUCCAACCUUGUGACGCACCAGCGAGCCCACACGGGGGAGAGGCCCUUCGUCUGCUCCGUGUGUCGGAAGGGAUUCACCAGUUCAUCCCACCUGAUGAGGCACCAGCGAGUUCACUCCGAGGACAGGCCGUUCACCUGCUCAGACUGUGGGAAGAGAUUUACCGCGUCAUCUUACCUCCAGGCACACCAGCGGGUUCACACCGGGGAGAGGCCAUUCACCUGCUCGGAUUGUGGGAAAGGAUUCACUCGGUCCUCUUACCUUGUGACACACCAGCGAAUUCACUCUGGAGAGAAGCCUUUCAUCUACUCAGACUGUGGAAAGAGAAUUACUGUGUCAUCUCACACCCAGGCACACCAGCGAGUUCACACCGGGGAGAGACCAUUCACCUGCUCUGAGUGUGGGAAGGGAUUCACUCGGUCGUCCAACCUGGAGAUACACCAGCGAGUUCACACUGGGGAGAGACCGUUCACCUGCUCUGUGUGUGGGAAGAGAUUCACUCGGUCAUCUCACCUACUGAGACACCAGUCAGUUCACACUGGGGAGAGACCGUUCAUCUGUUCCGAGUGUGGGAAGAGAUUCACUCAGUUAUCCCACCUACAGACACAUCGGCGAGUUCACACUGGGUAGAAGCCGUUCACCUGAUGACAUUGGCCUUUAAAUG